UUCAUCAAAUGUUUUUCUUGUAUAAUCCACAGGCAGUGCUAAAAAAUAUACUUGAAGACGAAGUGAGCAUAGCAUUUGAAAACAAUUGGACAGCAGAGAGAAGAGUUCCUAUCAAUGUUGUUCGUCUUCCACCAGAAGCAUCAAGAGAAGUGCUAGAACUUAAGGCUGAUGAUGAGGUCGAGGUGUAUUCAAGGUCAUUUGAAGGUGAACCUUGCGGAUGGUGGAGAGCCAAAAUACAAAUGGUGAAAGGGGAGUUUUUUGUCAUAGAAUAUACAGGCUAUGAUGCCACCUACAAUGAAAUAGUACAAGGCGAUAGGCUGAGGCGGAUAAAUCCAAAUGGGUGUUUGAGCAAAGAAAGUAUUCAUAGAGCAGUUGUCAAUGUACCAACGGAACUCAGGCAAUUUUGUAAAGAUGCGUCAAAUCACAGGGAUUACGUGAAAGCCACCGGAGCUCUCCUGGUUACGUAUAGCGAGAACGAUAACGCAUUGGUUGUCUUUGCUACGUCGGCACAGGGUUUGAAGAAGGCACAGAUGCUGAGUGACAUGCACAUACGGAACCUUCGAGAGAAGAUUCUGAUGUUAUCAAGGGCGGAAGAAGCAGCACAGCAACUGGAGGUUUCCAAGCAUCAAACGGAUGCGCACAUGGAAGAGUUCUCGGUGAAAGAAGAACUGAUGGGUCUGGCUAUUGGUAGCCAUGGUGCUAACAUCAUGAAUGCCAGGAAGAUCGAAGGCAUCAAGAGGGUCGAUCUGGAAGAAAAUACAUGCACGUUUAGAGUGUAUGGAGACACCCAAGAAGCAGUAAUGAAAGCAAGAAGUAUGUUAGAAUUCUCUGAUGAUCAUGUCACAGUGCCAAGGCAAUUAAUAGGUAAAGUAAUAGGCAAGAACGGACGUGUCAUCCAGGAGAUUGUGGACAAGUCGGGGGUCGUUAGGGUAAAGGUCAAAGGUGACAAUGAGAGAGGUCAGACGGAGGACGAUGGGGUCGUUCCUUUUCUCUUCGUUGGGACCAAAGACUCCAUUGAGAACGCCAAGAUUCUUCUUGAAUACCAUCUAGCACAUCUCAAGGACAUGGAAGACCUUCGAAUCCAGAGGCUACAGAUUGAUGAGCAGCUACGGUCUAUGGGCCACCCUUCCGGCGCCUACCCGCCCAUGGGCAGAGAAAGGAGAGGUGAAAGGGGCUAUGGGUCAGACCAUUCAGAGGAUUACGGUGGCUACAGAGGCAGAGGAAGGGGCAUGUCCGGUGGUAGAGGGAUGCCUGGGAGGGGGCGUGGCGGAAGGGGGAGCAGCGGAAGAGGGAGGUCGUUUACAGAUACGAGUCGUAGCGGAUCAGAGAGGGAAGAGCCGAGAUCAAAUUCCUGGGCUGAUAGAGCGGCGGUGUCGGACGAUCAGGGUUACAGACGUCAUGAUGAUGGGCCUCGCUACAGGAGGGGCACCGGUGGCAGAGGAUCGUUCAGGGGGCGGGGGAGAGCACCCUAUCGUGGGCGUGGUGGUGGAGUUGGUGGUGGGGGAAGACCGCCUGUUAUGAGAGAUUCCCAAAGACCUUCAUCACCCCUCUCGGAAACGGACGAUGAUUUCAGACGCGACCCUCGGAGGCGGCAGGACGAUGAGGACGAUACUGUGUUGGAAGACACAACAACUGUUGAUGAAGAUGUCACUAAUAAUAAUGGAGCUGAUGACCAGCAGAGUAAGAGGAGGCCUAAGAAGCCAAGGAAGAGGAAACCGAGGGGUGUGAGAGCAGGCGGUGACAAUCAGGAAGACACCGACACCAGUAAGACGGGAUCGCCUCAGUUCAAUAGACGACCAUCAGGUCCAAGGAAUCGACCCAACGGACAUCCUGGUAACAGUGGGCGGGACGACAACUCUGCAGGGGAGCAACGAAGGUCCGCAUCCCCGCGCCCCGACACGAACAUGCCCAACGGUCGUGCAUCAGGAAAUGGCAAACCGCCCCCACAAGAGCAGAGAGGGGGAGGCAGAGGACGAUCCAAUCGGAGACCGAAGGGCGGGCCCACGACAAACGGGAACGUGACGGGCAGCGACACAGAGCGCGUUCCCGCUAAGGGCAAGCAAGAGAACGAAGCCCGCAACUCCUCUCCGCAAGAACGCAAAGAAGGCCUGACAAAUGGUACUAUCUGAAGUUCGUAAUCGAAGCGAGUUCGAGAGUGAGUGAAGGAAGUGCGUUUACCGCCAGUUUCAAAAUUAUGCAAAUUUGUGAGGAUUAUGACAAAUCUGUUUCUACUGAAUUUUACUACUUACAGUGACUAUGAUGAAGAUUUUGACUGAUGUUUUUUUUUUUCUCUGCUUUGACUUUAAACUGAAGAUUGACCUUGGUAAUGUGAUGUUUUUUGUAUUCAUGAUAGAUAUGUUUUCAUGUAGUCCCAAAGGUUGAAUUUUGUGCUGCCUCUGCCUACCGUUCUGGUCACAUAACACCACUGCAUGGUGAGAUGCAAAAAAUGCAAGGAAGGCUUGAAAUUCAGGUAUUCAAGAUCCAGGCGAUGGGAGAGCCAUUAAAUGCCGCCGAGUUACCUACAUGAUGCUUUCUUUUUUUAAAGCUGAUAAUAAAGCAAGACAUCAAAUUAUAGAUACAAAAUAACUUGAAAGGAAUUUCUGGCAAAGCUUUUUUCAAAGCAAUGUGUUCCUGACAAGGAUUGAACUGCACUAUACUUUGAACAGGCAUUGCCAAGAUCAAGUAACAUCACAAUCACUGUGGUACUUCUUGAAUGCACAAUGAUGAAACGGAGUGAGUAUAUGCUCUACUCAACAUUGCUAUUUAAAAAUAACCUCUGUGUGAAAAGGGCUUCUGCACAUCGAAUCCACUCAGGUGAUGGCAUGGUUGUAAGCUCCAUAGAAAACUGUCCUGUACAUGAAAUGGUCUAUCCUGUUCGAAAGAGACUGUUCAAACCAAUCAUUUACUAUGUCUUGUAAGCAAUCAAUAUGCAGCAUACUACAAUGCUCCUAAGCACUGCAUGUUGUUACCCCGGCUUUACCAGGACUACCCUGAUCGCCUGAACAGUUAGACCCCGUUCUCAUUACACUUUCUAAAACUAGUUUACUGGAAACCGGUUCAGGUAACCAGUUUGGAAGAUCGCUUUGCUGGCGUUCCCAUUUUAUCACCCGAAAGUGGUUUUCAAAAUCACUUCACGAAAAGCAAUCUUGUUGCUAUGGGAACGUCACAGUGGGGUGACAUUAAGUUAUUGGAAUAUACCAAAGAUAUGCUGAACCUGCUCCCACUACCGGUAAAGAGCCUGUCACAAGCAAGGAAGAAUGCAAAACAAACAAUGGAGAAAUCCGCUUCUAUACACCCCAGUCGCACUCAUGAAACCGAUCCCAAACCAACUGAUGCUAUGCCAUUGGAAAUAACAUGAUGUAUUUGGUCGGUCUGGAGUCGGUUUCAUUGGUGUGACUUGAGCAUUAGGAAAGGGUUAUGAAAUGUAUCAACGAUUUGCAAGUGAUAAAUUAGUCAUAUCCAAGAGCACUCCAGACCUGCCAACUGUCCUGAUUUUCAACUUUCAGAAUGGCAACAAAUCGGGACGUGCUGAUUUAUGAUAUUUCAUGUGAGAGAAAAAACAUUUUGGGGACAGUCGCUAUAGACCCCUUCAUGCCCCCGAGUCCUCAAUACAUCUUAAAUAGCCUGGUCCUUGUAGGGCUAAAGUUGCCAAAAUACAGGAAUUGCAGGGGGACCGCCUUCUUGACAACAGGCUUAGCUCCUGGAGACCGCCCGGGGCUAAGUUGGCCCCUUGGAACCCUGGCCAGUGGUUGUCUAGAUUUUUAAAUGUAUGCAGGUAUGACACUGUUCUCUACACCUUUUAGUCAAUGAUGAUUUCUAUCAUUAUUUCAAUACCUAAGAAUAUAUCUGUCAUUCUCUUUGCUCUUGUGACUCGAGGUUGACGAUCUCAGUAACUGAUAUCAGACGAUGAAUGGUUCUAUUAAUACUGCUUCCUGUUUCAAUGUCAUUGCCGGUUUGGGAAAGUCUCUCUAUUCUUCCCAACUGUUUUACCCCGCUGAAUAAUGCCAAAUGUUUGAAGACAUCAACUAAACUGAUUCUUGUUCUCAAUCUUGUUCACCCAGCCAUUUCCAGGAUUAAGUUAGGUGAUGCACAAGUUCAAUUUGAUUUUGUUCAUUUUGUCCUCUGCCAUCUCCUGAGCUCAAGUAUCAAUACAAUGCAUUUAUGCACGAAGAGAAGUGUGUAGCGUGCAAUUCAUUGGGGUUUAUGUCAUUUCUUGUUAAAGAAAUUGUCUCUUUCUUUUUUACACAUGUGGUGGAUAGAGGUGAGAGUACAUUUUUGUAUUUAUAUCAAAUCAGUGCAGUUUACAAUCUCCAAAAAGCACUUUUGUAAUCAUUGGCACCAUAACCAAAGCACAUCAUGAACGAUCGUUUGUCAGUAUUGUUUUUGUAUAUGAGAAAUGAUUUUAAUUCUGAUUGCGUUCUGUAUUGUCUACAUAAUGAUGAUUAUUCAAAAUUCUGCAUUUCUAUUAGAUUUAUGCACUGCAUCAUUGAAAUUUACUUUGGAUUGAUGUUGGAGUUUGCAUACUUUGUGCAUUUUUUUAUAGAUGUGAUUAAAUGCUUUAGAAAGCCAGCAGUGAUUCUACUGGAUCAUGAGAAGUAGUCUUUCAUUUUGUUUUCAGUCUACACGUUUUAGUAUCUUGGUAAUCUUGUUUUAUUACCAGGAAACAGAUAAAAGAGAGCUUGGAGUCGGGUUAGAAAUCCGAGAAAAUUAGAUUUUUGAUCCCUUGUAAACUCCGAACAGACCUAUUUACUAAUGAGAGAUGAUUAUUGUUUAAGACUUGAAUUAUGGAUUAAUGAUUUCUAUUAGUUUCGCAUGCAUGCAGUCUUCCUUUUAGUAUAGGAUUUUUUUACAUGUAUAAUUUUGGAAUGUAGUUAGUUGUAUUCAGUUAUUUAUAUUAUUAUUAUUAUUAGUUAUUAUUGUAGUAUUCUUUGAUAUGACAAUCUUUUCAAUUACUUGAAAAUGCUGUGCAGUUAGGCACUUCUUGGUUAUUUCACAACGGAAAAGAUGUAGCAUGCGGGAAAAUUUGUAUUAUCAAGGGAAACGAAAAAUGUCAGCAGUACAAGUGUAUCUGUGAUUUUUACUAUAGGCUGAUUGGGGGAUAAAAAUUUGUGGAAUACAAAUGUCAAAUUUACUUUCUAUUGUGCUAUAUUGACAGUACAGUCGACCAAGUAGCCUGUAAUUUAAUACCAAGUUUUCAUCUCAAUCGUGCAACGGAUGUACAUGUAUAUUACGAUAUUGCAUGUGUGUGUUUCACCUAAGCUUACACAACAGUACUUAUCAUGCAUGAUUUCAUUUUAAAAGGAUAAAAAACUUUGCUAGCUAUGUACAUCAUGUACAGUAUUUUUUCAAUAAUGACUCUAUGUGAAAGACUGGUGUUCGUUGCUGCUAUUUUCGCAUGACCUAGCAUGAGGAAGUUUAAUUCGACAAGUACUACCUAUCUGACUGAAAAAAAAACUGACACAUGAAUAGAAUGAAGAAAAGUUUAUAGCAACUUGCUGAAAUGUAAACCAGGGGCCUGUAACACAAAGUAAUGAAAUCAAUUGUUAAAUGGCAAUAGCCAUCCAAGAUCAUUGUUGCAUGCAUAUGAUAUUCAACUUACGAGAACUAUCAACUUAAGCCCCUUUCACAAUUGGUGUUGCGACUGCUUACAACCGUUGCAAUUCUGUGCAACAUAUAUUGUGACCAAAUGAUCGCAAACGGUCGCACGAGCAAUUGUGAAAGCCCCUUAAUGCGAAUGCUUUGUGUUAUAAUUUGCGAUUCAUCGCAACUGUUUGUGUCAUGAGGCCUAGAAGAUUUUGAUACACAAGGACAAGACAUCUGCUGAUAUCAACGAGAGGAAUUUGAGAAAGGAUGUGAGUUACAUGUAAACAAUGCCUGCAUAUACAAAUGUACUAUGAGCUUAACAUGCACGAGUUGUGAUACAACAUUUAUGCAGUCAGCGACUUGUCAGCUUGCAUGGAGAGUGAAAGCUUACACCGGACAUUGUAAAAAGGCACUGGCGAUAUCUGCAACAAAGCUACAUUUACAUCUUUUAAGCAAAGCAAAGUAACUUUUCCCACCAUUCUUGUGCUUGCCUCAGGCAAGUUCAGGGCAUCGUCAGGCUUGGGGAACCGACAUGAUGACUUAACAAUGAUGAUGCGACACCUCUAUCACAUCGGGUGAUUUCAAGUUUGGUGUUGACCUAUUGGUGUUGGUGUUAGGUCAAUUUAAUGUCAGUAUAGCACCAAAUUUAAAAUGCAUCUGGUACUGGAACAAAGGUGUCGAGUUGUUAAUAAUGUGAUCUUGGGCCUGUUGCAGAAAGAGUUGCGUUUAAACGCAAGUAAAGAAUAUCAAGCGUAAGUCCUGAAUACGGGUGCUUCAUUGGCUGAAAAUCAAGUUGCGCAAGGUUUUUUUAGUUGCGUUUGAUCGCAACUCUUUCUGCAACGGGUCCCUGGAUAAUUAUCAUAAACUCAGAAUUGGUUUUUGAGCAAGGGGAAGCAAAUAUUGAUUGUUCUUCUUACAGACCAACACCAUCACUGAACUUGAAAUCACCCAUUAUACUACAUGUAUCUUUUGGUCUUGACUUGAUUCCAUUCUGCGUGAUAGACAACACCUGCUACUAGAUAAUAAUAGUUGGAUUUAUAUACUGCUUUUCCAGAGGAUACUAUUAUAACCCUGGCUUAAUCCAGAGCUGACUCUUUAGCAGUGCUUGUGCUCUUAAGGAAGUAAUCCUGUACUUGCUCACCCCUCCGGGUGGGUGUUUCAUAAAGUUGUUCGUACAGUUACGCACGACUGGAACAUGAUCUUAGGUGCCAAUUGAGCUACAUUGGGAUAGUGUGGCACAAGAAAGGUUACCAGUCAUCCGUAUAGUCUUGCGUAACUUUACGGACAGCUUUAUGAAACACCCACUUGGCUUGAGUGCGGCACAAUGUGGAUAAGUUUCUUGCUGAAGGGUAAUGCCUGAAUGGUGUGGAAUUCCCCCAAGGAAGCUGAAAAGCCGCCGACUUUUAAAGAGCUUCAUUAAACAAGAUAUGAAGCGCGACAAGGAGCGGUGGAGAUGAACUUCAAUCAAUGUAUGUGCAAACCAGGGGGGUGUUUCAUGAAACACAUAUUCAGAGAUUUUCACCGACAACUGUUAUAAGCUACCAAAAUCAUUGCAUCUGAUUGGCUUGUACCAACUAAGUUAAUGGUUAACAGUGGCAAGUUGCUUCCUGAAAGGCUCCCGUGUAUUAUAUCAUCUGUCAUCUUGAUUUUUAGGAUGGUACAGUUGUGAAAUAAAGAGUCCAGUGUGGAAAAGAGAAUAAAGCCUUGGUGCAACCAAACUACAUGAAGAGUUUUCUGCAUCUGAUCCUGUUGCUGUCCCCACAAAUUGUAUCUCCCAAGUUGAAUCGGCUAAAAUCAAUCAAAUCUGCCGACCGAUUGCUUUCCUAUCUUGUAUUGUAAGCUCAUUACCAUAUGAAAUAUUAAAAGAAACCUUGGCUGCAGACUUGGGGUAUCUAUAUAUGUGUGUUCUGUAUGAUAUGUGUAUGGUAUGAUAAGAUGACAACUUGGAUUGUUCUUUUCUAUAAAUUAAACACUUUAUUUGUUCAUGUUCAUGUGUUUUCACAGUGCCUAUUAUGAAGAUAAAAGCUGUUUAGUAUUAAGGAUGUUUUUGGUAUUAUUUAUAAUCUUGGAGCGCGGGAGUGACGUGAAGCCAAGAAUGGACCUGUAUAUUAUUGCCAAAUACUUUCUUAGUCAUGCACAGUGACUGAUUUAUAUGUAGAAACUCUUGUUGGGAUUGAUGAUGACACUGAAAAUGUACAGCAUUGUGGAGGAAAUCGUGAAUUUCAUGUAGAAUAAGUACUAUCCUGUUGUGUCAAGUUAAUUUUCACCUCGCAAUUGUAUUUAAGAUAAAAUUGACAUAAAAAGUGCUAAAAAUUAAUUUUAAAAAAGACAAAGAAGGAAAGAGGGUUAGAAUCGGAGAGGUGGCACGAGCAAGUAUUACAAUGUAUAAAAUGCUGUACACAUGUUCAAGGGUACAUAUUGCUUGUUCUUUUUCAGUUCCGGUGCGAGAGACGCAAAUUCGUAUUUGGACAAAAUAAAUGAAAAGGAAUAAAAAACAA